GCCAAUCUGUCCAGCAGACGAAGUACAUUCGGAGUUCAAAGAGGUCAUGUCGCUCGACAUCAUCCUUGAGCCCUCAGCUCCAUUGAAGGAACCCAAGUUUGCUUGGUGGUGCCGUGAUGGGAUCAUCGCAAACAUACAGAAGGUGGCGGCAGAGUUCUGCAAAUGGAGGAACCUUCGACCAAUCAAGAUGGUUGUCGUUGGGCCACCUGGCUGCGGCGCAGAACGCCUGUGUGCAUGGACCUUAGUCGUGCUGCUGGAUACGCAAGAACCUCCACAUCUCACCUACCAGCAAAUCAUUGAAGAUGCAUGUGCAGCGCCAACCAGAGCAGCCCGCAAGCUCCGCAAAAAGGUACAGAAGCUGGCCGCUCAUCCAGGCAAAAAGCUCCCCUUGCAGCUCAGGACAAAACUGGUCCAAAGCCACCUGCUUUCCAAUGUUUGCCGUUACCGUGGCUAUGUCCUUGAAGGCUACCCGACAACACAUGCAGAAGCUGAGGCACUUUUCAUGGAGCAGAUAAAGGAGGGAGAGGAAGAGGAGGAAGUGGCAGAGGCCUCCGGCUCGGGUCGCGUGCCAGGAAAGCUGGUGCAGUCUCCAGGAAGGGAGAAGUGGCUCGGCGCCUUGGCAGACGUCAUGCUUGAAGACUUUACACGCUUGCGUGGUGAUGAAGAUGUGGAGGAGGAAGAAGAGGAGGACGACCCAGAGAGCUAUGUUUUGUCAGAGAUGCUUGAGGCAGUGAAGGCAAGCUGGCUAGAGCUGUCAAGUUGCAUCCUCCCACCAGCCACAUCCGAUCAGCUUCAAACGGAAGCUGAGGAGAUCCCUCCGACCAAAGAGGAGGAGGAGGAUGAGGAUGAAGUCGAGAGGCAGAAUGGGCGAGGAUAUUUCAUGGUGAUGCAAAAGGAGUUCGUGCGAGAAACAGCAGAGUAUCGUGCCGCGAAUCUCGCCGAGGCGGCUGACAGAGCGGAUGGAACUCCUAGCACCGCGGAGUUCUUCCUGGAGCAGUGCGGACUUGCUGCUGCGAGCUUGGCGCUGCAGUAUGUUUCUGAUCCUAAGAUGUUGCCCAUCGAUGUGGACAAUUGCAGUGAGAACGAGGCAUUCCAGGCGGGACGGUCGGAGGAAGAUCUGAUGCGCGAAGAGCAGGAAAAGCAGGCACAACUUGAGGAGCAAAAGGACGUGCAAAAGGCACAAGAAAAGAAGGAACUGGUGCAGAAGGAGGCUGCAUUGCGAGAAAAGCUUGCGGAUGAAGAAGAGUCGCGCCGCCGGGUCAUAGCACGGAACGAAGCAGCGCACUUGGAGGCUGAGGCGCUCCAAGGGCUUGUGCUGCCCGCAGCAUGCACUCUCGAAGUGUGCAAUCAUCAAUACGACCUGAGCAUGAUGGCCCAAGUCAUCAACAACCAAGAGUGCAUUGGCCCGGAUUGGCAGAGCAACAGCUGCGUGGGAAGUCCUGCGACUGCGAGCUAUGAGGACAAGGAUGGAGCGGGGAGGAUCGUAAAGCAGGUGCGGCUUCUGCAAGCAAGCGCAGCUCUGCAGACUUUCUGCAAUUCUCUCAUCCACUCGGAUGUGUCUGUGCUUCUUCUUGAAGUAUGCCAGCAGGAUCCCCACAGGUUUGCUCAUUGGUCCACAUACCAGAAGGUGACCGAAUUACUAUUAGACCUGGCAAUGCCUGCAGUUUGUGCCCUUGCAGAUGCAUACGGACGACGACCUUUGCUACUGCUUGCCGGACCCCUUGAAUUAUGUGGCUGGUCAUUGCUUGCGGCCUUAGUUCCGCGGAGUCUCGCUGCGCUGCCAUUUGUUGCCAGCAUCAAGGCUCUGUCCUCAGUAACGAGCACAGCAUUUCUGAUCGUGAGCAGCUCUGCUCAGUCGGAUCUUUUACAACAUCAUCCACAGGAUCUCGCAGACGCAGUUGCUGCAAACCAGUCAUACGUGGGCCUUGCCGUUGUGGUCGCUCCUCUGCUGUCGAUUGUGCUUCGAAGAAGCAUCGGAGUUGGAGCACCAUUCUGGGCUGCUGGUGCACUGAGCAGUGUCGUUCUUGGCAUUGUUCUCAGAAUCCCGGAGACUCUUGAGACCUCAUCACGCAAAGCUAUCGAGCUUCACAAGUUGAACCCACUACAAUCUGCCACCCUUUUAUUUCGACAAGGCUCGAACUUGGCCCGACUUGCCACUAUGUAUUCGGUCCAAUGUAUGACACGAUGCGUGGAUUCUUAUUUGCACUCCUUCAUGGAGCUUCGUCUUGGCUGGGGACGUACUCAGAUGUCCAAGCUUCUUAGCUUCUGGGGGUUCUGCGUUUUCCUGGGUAGCAGUAUCCUCCGCCGAAGCCAAAAGCGUUUCUCAGCUCGAAACAUUGUGCUCGCUGGCACCCUUUUCAGCGCGGCUGAUCUUGCCCUGCGUGGGCUUACGUAUCAGUGGUGGCAUUUGCCAGCUGCUCUGGUUUUAGGAAUUCCAGGAAUAAGCGUUGAGUCGGCCAUGAGAGCAAUGCUCACCUCUGCUGUGCAGGACCAGUGCCCAGCACUUGGGGGAGCAGCAGUUCAAGCUGCAUUGAAGAUGCAGCAAAUGAUGUCAUGUGCACUAGUAGGCUCUCCACUGAUCGGCCAAGCAUUCGCCUGGUGGCUGCGUCGGCCGGGUAAGGUAGGAAGAGGCAUUGUCGCAACACACUACGUGAUGGCAAGCCUUUGCAGUCUUUUAGCACAUGCACUGCUCCAGACUUAUGUUCCUGCAUGA